CCGUUCUGGGGAAUGGCGGGGGGUUGCUGCUUGCAGAUCACGAGCUCAGAAUAAACACCGGUAAGUUAGAUUGGAAAUGUUUGACAAGACAUCUGCACUCCGGUGAGUGUACCCCUACCUCUAGCCUCUCCUCCUCCCUGGCCUCUCUUAUUCCAGGCGUGUAUUCACCCGAGAAAGUCUGAAACUUGACUCCCCCAUCUCCCCUUUUUGUAACAGAUGAAAAAUGAGAAAACAAAGGUGGUUCUUCAGUAAUGAGUCACUCAGCUCAUCAGACACUUUAUUCCACUCUUGAAAACAAACGAACUCACUUGUACCUGAACAGCCUUCUGGCAGACAUUGGAGAAAGACCACUCUGACCUUGGACUAUUUGGCCUCUCAUCUACUCAUGUCUGUCUUUCUGUUUUGUCUGGAACAACCCACCCUCCCUCCAGCUUACAGCUGAUAGAAUUAUGCUAUCCUGGGGCACGCUCACUUGGUGAGCUCAAACAUACUCUUCGUUUCUGUUUUAUACACUGUCGUCUUCCUCGCUGUUUGUCCCAGGGUGUUUUUAAUGGAAAAACUUCCCGUGCAGCUCUCAGAAAUCCUAAGAUCUGGGCUAGAAGGGACCUCAGGGGGACCAUUGAGUCCAGCCCUGUGCAGUUGAAGAAGCAGGAUCAGAGAGGUCCCGGGACCGGCUCCGUGCCACAUUUGGGCCUAACAGGAGGCCCUGGGAUUUGGGCCUGGAUCCCUCAGCCUCCCGACCCAGCUCUCUGCUUACUCCACACCACGUUGCCUCUGUCAGGUAAACAGAAGAUCAGAAGACAGGAGGAAAUGAGUUGACUCUGCUCGCAGUCCAGUCAAGGAACUUCACUCACUACCCGUCCCCUGCCCAAGGAGUGGAAGGAUGGCUUGUUCCAGGAUCGCCUGCGUGGUCCUCUUCAUGCUGUCAGGAGCCUUUGUCCCUGCUGUCCUCACAGCAGAGUUUCCCCAAGAUCCUGUUCCUACGCUUUGGAACGACCCGGGGGAGCUGCCGUCGGGAGUGGGCCCCUUCGAAAGCACCACCCACAGCCAUACCUCGGACACCACAGAAGCCCCGCUCUACACCUCAGAGUAUGACGUGCCAGACGAAACUACCCAACUGCACCGGCUGGAUGAUGAGACCGGGUCCUUGGGCCCCGGAGCCAUUGCUGCCAUUGUGAUUGCCGCCCUGCUGGGCACCUCCGUGGUCCUGGCAUUGAUCGUCAUCACGCUGCGAAAAUUCUCCGCUUCCUGAAUGAAAUAAAAAGGGUCUUGUUUUUCCUAACAUCUGGAUUUGGCUAAGCUCACUUGGGACAACCCAGUCUUCUGUGUAUGACUGUCUCCUUGGCAUCCUUCCCUCCUCUUCCUCUGCUGCCCCCUGUAACCUGAGAUAGAGAAAGACCCAAAGACUCUUUACCAAGAUUCUUAGUUGUUCCCUGCUGGCCUGGG